UGCUAGGCGAGCCCUCGGAUUAGUUCAUGCUACUGCUCCGACAAGUUUGCGUCCAGGCGUAUCACAUGGCGUGCAAAAAUCCGGUAGUGAACGUGAAGCAGGGGCAGCUGCGCGGCGUGGUCGAGGACAACGUCUAUGGCGAACAAUACCUCGCCUUUCGUGGGAUCCCGUACGCGAAGCCUCCCACUGGUCCGCUCAGGUUCAAGGAUUCCCAACCUCCCGAGCCAUGGACCGGAUGCAGGGACGCCACCAAGUACAGCAACAUUUGCGCUCAGUUCGACUUCAUUGUACGAGAAGUGGUCGGAAGCGACGAUUGCCUGUAUCUGAACGUGUACACGCCAUUGGAUAACGCAGCCACGAAGCGGUCUGUGAUGGUCUGGGUGCACGGCGGUGCCUUUGUUCAAGGAUCCGGCGACAACUAUAUUUAUGGGCCCGAUUAUCUCAUUCGCAAGGACAUCGUCCUGGUCACCAUUAAUUACAGGCUUGGGAUAUUGGGUUUCCUCAACACACAGAACGAAAUGGCUCCAGGUAAUCAAGGACUGAAGGACCAAGUGAUGGCGCUGAGAUGGGUCAAGGAUAAUAUCGCGAGCUUUGGCGGUGAUCCAGAGAACGUCACGAUAUUCGGAGAGAGUGCUGGGGCUGCCUCGGUGCACUUUCUCAGCAUAUCGCCCAUGGCUCGAGGAUUGUUUCACAAAGUGAUAGCGCAGAGCGGAGUGGCGUUGAAUCCCUGGACCAUGAGCGCCAAGAACUCAAAAGAGUCCGUGUUUCAGCUGGUUGCCAAACUAGGCAAAGAGACGACCGAUAUUGAAGCAGCCGUGGAAUAUCUGACGACGUUGGACCCGCUAGAAAUCAUAGUCGCCGAGUGUCAACUUCUCACGCCAGAGGACAGGUUCACUAUGUUUGGAUUCUUCGGACCAACCGUCGACGAUAAAUCCCCGAACCCAUUUAUUCCACAACAUCCAACGGUUCUAAUGAAAGACGCUCCUAGCGUGCCCUAUUUGCUUGGUCACAAUGGUAACGAAGGAAGCUUCUUGGUUACGACGCUGCAGCGUUUUAAAAACUACGAGAAAAUCAACAACAAUUUCGAGAUCACCAUCUUUCCGAGCACACUGGACUCGCUGAAGAAAGACGGUGUUUCUAUCGAAGAUUUGAAGCGUAUAUAUUUCGGCGAUCAACCGAUCGGCGAGAAAACAUUGCAAAACUAUGCGGAUUUGCAAAGCGACAUGGCGUUCCUUCAAGGUAUUCACUACGUGGCCAAAGAUUUAAGAGAGAAGUACCCCCAGAAUACGUACUUUUACAAAUUUUGCUACGAAACCGGCGAGUCGUUGAUGAAACAAAAAUUGGAAGUCACUUUGCCAGGGACGACACAUGCCGAAGAUCUGUAUUUCCUCUUCUUCCCACACGUGAUUAAGCUGGCGGACAUGAAACCACCGGGACCUGGAAGCGACGACUACAAAGUCAUAGAGUACUUCACUCAAAUGUGGACCGACUUUGCAAAAACUGGGAAUCCAACUCCAGUAACCACAAAUCUGAUCUCGACCAUUUGGAAACCCAUGGGCAAAGGCAACGAAUACAAUUAUUUAGAGAUAACCGAAAAACUUCAGAUGAAAACUGACAAACUGGACGAACACACCUUCAACUGGAAGAAAAUGAAGAACAAGUUGUGAUUACUAAUUUCUCGCUAUCUGUAAUUUGUAUAUACGCAUGCCUGUGAGAUUAAUCAAUAAUACCAGUGAAAUAGGCGGAACAAA